UCCUGUCACCAGUUGUUUUUUUUCCCUGGGCUCUGAGACCAGCAUGUUCAAAUUCAGUCCUCCCAUCUUGUUGUUGCUGCUAUAUUCAUCUCCUGUGGUGCAGACUUGCCUGCAGUGUGACCGAGUGGUGGUCUAUAUCCAUGAGGAUUUCCUAGUGAGCCAAAAAGACCUCACCAUUCAAGAGCAGAAGGACUUACAAAACAUCAUUGACCAUGGCUAUGUCACUUUUCAAGAAGCCAGCAAGCAAUACCAUGGGGUCAUUGACCCCACCACACUGUACCGAGCCCGCACUGAGUACCACAGUGAGUUUGACCGCUACUGGCAAGACAAACGAGGAGAUAACAUUCAUACAGAGAUGAUGACGAUCUUGGCGAAAGGGAAGAUGAUUCUUGAGAAACAUUUGGAGAGUUUCGUUCAGAAGGGUCUCUGUCCGAACAAAUGCGGUUUGUUGUAUCAGAUUGUUAUGAACUGUGACUCAUGCAAAUAUGAGCAACGUACCUGCCCAUCAGCCACACCUCCUAAAGACUGUGGUGACCACCAUUUGGAGGCUGAGGAGGGGGAUGAGGUGGUGCUGGACUGUUUCCUGUCCUGGCACAGCCUGGUCACUGGGCACAAGGACUACCACUACUCCUGGAGACCCGGCCUACAGAACGUGACGCCUGGAGAUGAGUUUCAGGUCCUGGUGGUGACGCCUGACUCAAACAUAAUCCUUAACCAGCUGGUGGUGGCUGAGCAGGGUGUGUACCUAUGCCUCCUACAGGACAACAACGGUACUGUCUACUCCCGCACUUCCUUUACUCUCACAGUGUCCACACUUCCCCUGACCACCCCUCGGCCGAUCAUGACCCUUCCCUCGGUGCCGAAGCGUCGUGAUGGCGUGAUGCUGUACCCAGACACGCUCCUCAUCAUCCUGGGUCUCCUCUCCGCCCUCAGCCUGGCCGCUAGCCUCACACUGCUCAUCGCCCUCAGGUCAGUCCGGAUGCUUUUCCCAUUGAAGCCGAUUUCCGAAAUGACCAAAAACCUAGAACCAAUCAUGACCACUUGUCUGGCAUAGGGCAGGUUUUAUAUCAUGACCGACGGACAGAGGAGUACAGUUAGCAGUGCUGUUCACAACCAGAUUUGAGAAUGGUCUGGUGACAGGCUAGUGAAAAGAUAUCAUUUAGCCCUAGAGCUGAACAAAUGAUUUUAGAAACUUGGUUAAAGGGAAACUCCUGAUAGUCUGGGACCAACACAACACACAUCAAUUGCUUCAGUUUCGAGUAAGUAUAGACCCUACAGUAGUAAGAAUAAGUAUAAACCUUUGAUAGACUUGAGUAGGAAGAGACCCUUUGGUUUUUGUUAGACCGGAGUUUCUAUUAAGCAGGCACAGCGGCCAUGAUGAUAAUACUAUUUAUCCAUCCAC